GCCAUGAAUUUUCAACAGUCGGGACUGAUUUCGAGAAAAUUCAUUCUAAAUGGAGAUUCAAAGCGAAAUAGUAAUUCCCUCUCAGAACGAUCUUCAUCAUGAAAAGCAAGCCGUACUAUCAAUGAAUAUUUUGGAAGCAAUCUGCAGUACCGCUUGCGUUGGAGUGCAUUUGUACGCUCUGGUGAAACACCCGGUACUGUAUCGUGGUGAAAUGCUAUUUUUCGGAGUGUACCUGGGAUAUGCCCUGCUGUCCACAUUCUCCUGUUUGUCACUGUGCCGGGGUAAUGUCACGCUCAAUUACGUCUCCGAGGCGGUAGUAUCGUUCGUCGGAUGGUUUGGAUUCGUAGUGUGUGGAUUUUUCGCGGUGCUCAACGUGGAUUACAACGUACGGAAUCAUCUGUCCCACAGCCACGACCGGUUGGAGAGUAUUUUUUCGAUGCUGACCUCGGGUUUGUUCCUCAUGCAUGGCUCAUUCAUGCUGGACGUUCUGGGCGUCUUGGAAAAUAUGCUCGGAACGGUCUCUGUCGCAUCUUUACGCAGCGAUGACGGGAGAGCUCGUCAACGCCUAAAAUUGAAGCCAUUCUGGAUGUUCGACUUCAGAGGCUUUUUUAAAAGAUUGCUGUAUCGUGCACCUAACACAGAUUGAUGUAUGACUUGU